AUGGGAAAAGAGAGUCCACGAGAAAGACGGAACAGACAUAGAUCUCCAGAGAGAAGACGUCGCUCACGUUCUCGAUCGACGGAUCGAUACAAUCGGAGAGAUUAUAGAAAAGAUGAUAGCCCGCGGGUGAAAAAGGAAAUCAAAGAAGAAGCACCCAGUGAUAGUGAAUCUCCGAGGCGUCGACGGGAGGACAGGAACGAGGGAAAACACGGGGAUCGCAAUGAUGAUCGAAAAGACAACCGACGAGAUUUUUAUGACCGGAGGGAUAAUCGAAGAGAUUUCGAUGAUCGUAGAGAACGUAGUAAUCGAGAUGAUCGUGGAGGCCGGCAUCAUGAUGGCCAGCGUGAUCCACGCGACAACUUCAGAAGACCUGAACGUGAAGAACAGAUGCGGGAGGACGGUAAACGAUAUGGCCUGGAGAAGAAAGAAGAGAACUGGGGUAAAAGCGAAGAACCUGCUGGUCCUCCUAAAGAAAAGGAGAAGGUCAAUCUGGGAACAUCUGGAGCAUUGACUGAGGACACAAACACUUUCCGUGGAGUUGUAAUAAAGUACAAUGAACCUCCAGAAGCCAAGAAACCGAAUGCUAGAUGGAGAUUAUACCCUUUUAAAGGGGAUGAGGCCCUUCAAGUCCUUUAUAUACAUCGCCAAUCUGCAUAUCUCAUUGGGAGAGAUCACAAAAUUGCUGAUAUCCCAGUUGAUCAUCCGAGUUGCAGCAAGCAACAUGCUGUGUUACAAUUCAGAUCGAUGCCCUUCACACGAGACGACGGCACAAAAGCUCGAAGAAUUAUGCCAUACAUCAUUGACUUGGGAAGUGGCAAUGGCACUUACUUGAAUGAAAAAAAGAUCGAGGCACAGAGAUACAUUGAACUAAAAGAGAAGGACAUGCUCAAGUUUGGUUUUUCGACCCGAGAAUACGUUGUUAUGAAGGAGAGAGAGAUCACUGAGGAAGAGCUUGCAGAAGGAGCUGUGAAACAUGAGGAUUCUGAUUAA